CGUGCGACGUGCAGAUGGCGGCAGCCAGAUUACCGCCGGGUGUGCUAAACCUGAGACAGUUUGUGCAUCGACAGAAGGUUCUGAGUCUCUACAGGAAGAUAUUGAAGGUGAUUCAUCAGAUUCCAAAUGAAGGAGAUAAACAAUAUCUUAAGAAUUGGGCGAGACAUGAAUUCAAACAGAAUAAGAAUGCUACAGAUGAAGAUGCAGUGAGAAUGAUGCUCACUCAUGGAAAUCUGCAACUUAAGGAGCUAGAAAAAAUGCUUCAAUUAGCCAAAUAAAGAAAAAAAAGCAGAGAUGGUUAAGAUUUUCCAGAACACUUACAUGGACCUGCUGAUACCUGUUCGGAACAUCUAUUCUGGGCUUUGAAGAAAGUCUUCCAUCGAUUUGCCAGGAGUGAUUCCGUCGCACCACUUACAAUGAAACUGUUAGAAUGAAUUAAAGUUGCAUUUUCCAGCAAAUUGAUUUUAAGAUGUUUGGGUAAUAUUAUAUGAUUCAUGGUGUGCAAGAUCAAAAUGUAACAUUUUGGGAAGUGAAUGUAAUGAAAUACACUGGAAUAAGCUAUAGACUACUUUGUGACCCGUAUAACCUCUUUACAAUUGGGUGCAGUUAAUCAUUGAAGAUAUCCAGCUUAUGAAAGGCUGCUCCUUUUGUAGUAUUUACUUAGACUUUGUUUAAGUACUGGUUUCUUGUACUGUAUGGGAGAAUAAAGAAAGUAAUUGUAUAAA